AUGCUUCCGUGCAUUCCCCGCGCCCUGCAUCUGCUCGCCCAGCUGUUCCGCUCGCAGCUGCCUCUUCCGUCUCGCUCGAACGCCGCCCGGUGCCGCCGCGCCGAGAGAGACGACAGUCACUCGCGGCGGUCGCCUCGAGACCCUCCAACUCCCUGCACGGCCCAUUCGCAGUUCGCAUCCCGAGGCCGGCUGACUGCGAGUAUGACGGGUAAACGAAAGCGUAGUCGCGACGACUCGGAGCAGCAGACCAAAAGGCAGCGACGCCGCAAGCGUUCCCGCAGCGAACCGCUAAUUAGCGACCCGCAAACAUCGGAAAAGCGGCAAGCGCUGAAACGCUUAUUUGGCCGGAUUUGUUCCGUGGAGAUGGAGAACGAGCAUAUCGCCGAGGAGGACGACUUCAGCUUCGACGAUCGGGAGGUGUUCGGGGACGAGAACGAGGAUCCGCUGCUGGACUCGGUGCCCGUGAACAUGGACCCGGAGCAGCUCGGGUUUCUGGUGUGCGCUCAGGAGACGCUGCGCUUCCUGCACGGCCGCGGCAUUCCCACGGAGCACCCGGUCUUCGCCCGUCUGCGCUCGCGCCUGUUGCGCGGCAUCGGCGAGAUGGCGGUGGCCUGA